CUCAUCAAUUCAUCCCUAUUUUUCCUCUGAAGAAUCUUUCGGAGUUAUAGGUAGGUGUAAACUCUUCCUAACCAAAUCUCUUUCUACACGUACUUAUCUUGUUCUAAACCACUUUUAAACCCUUCUAUCUCUCUCCUCUCCAAUUUGUUUCAGUUGGACAAAAAUCCAAUGGAGAGAAGAGGAGGAGGAGGAGAAGAAGAAAAAGAACCCGAAUGGCUCACCGUCCAAGAAGAUUGCUUAGCGAAAGAAGACGAUGCCGUCCAUCUUGAAUGGAUCCCCGUCGAAAAUCAUCCACCGGAAAACCACCAGUUUUUUGAUCCGGCCAACUUGUCGUUCUCGCAGGGAAACUACCUUCCAUCGUCGUUCAAAAACCACCCUAUUCGUCUCUAUCAGCCGGAAAUCAAUCCUUACUGUCCCGCCAAUUAUCAGAAUACGUAUUCUCUCAAUGGAAACCCUAGUCUUUCCAACACCCUUUAUGAUCCAAAUCUUGAAGCUUAUUUCAGUCGUCUAAAUCUGGAUCCUUAUGAUCAGAGGCCUAGUUCUCGGUCUUCUAACGACAUGGGUUUUCCUUCUCCUCAGAUUAGAGAUGAUGAUUUGCUGAGAAUGAGAGUUGAAUCCUCAGUACGAGGACAAACGGGUUUGUGCUUUGAUCACCAAAAUAUCAUUCAAGAGAAUUUCUUGGAUGAUUUUGGACUCCAAAAUUUUGGCUACAAUUAUUUGCCAAAUGGAGGGCGAAAUCGUAAUUCAGCAAGGAACAGGUACCCAUCAACAAUCAUGCCUCAUAGGAAUCAAAACAGUGCUCAAUCUGCUAAUUUAAAUAGCAAUUUUGGAAGAUUCGGCGUUGGCUUAGGAGCCGAUAAUUCGAGUUUUUUGGGCUAUUCUUCUUCCUCUUCUUUGCAUAUUGAUCAUUUGUUGAAGCUCUUCACCCUAGAAGAAUUAAGGGGAAAUAUUUUUUUGUUGGCUAAGGAUAGAGAUGGGAGUAAAUUUUUGUGGGGAAAGAUCAAGGAGAGGAAGCCCAAAGAUGUUGAGAUGAUUUUUUUGGAAGUCAGGGAUCGCGCGAGCGAUUUGAUGGUUGACCAAAUCGGGAAUGAUUUCAUUCGGAAGUUUUUUGAAGUUUGUGAUCAGCAACAGAUUACCCAAAUGCUUCUUCUUCUGGUCCUCAGUGAUGAGAACCUCAUGGGUGUGUGUUGUGAUUUGCACGGAACUCGUGCUAUGCAAAAAUUGGUUAAACAGAUCACUACAAAGGAGCAAAGACGCUUGGUUGUAUCUGCUGUGUCGCCAUUCGCGAUAAACUUGACGAAGAACCAGUAUGGUUGUCAUGUGAUUCAAGAUUGUGUGCAAUCCUUCCCUAGCGAGGAUAACAGGCGUAUUUUUCGAGUAGUAGCAGAAAACUGUGUUGGAAUUGGGAUGGAUAAAAACGGGUGUCGUGUAUUGCAAAAAUGUCUUGAUUAUGCUCAAGGAGAAGCCAAGGAGCAUCUCAUGGCUGAAAUUGCAGCAAAUGCUUCAGUCCUUUCAGAAAGCCAAUAUGGAAACUAUGUUGUGCAAUGUAUACUAGAAAUGAGGAUACCCCAUGUUACGGCGGGUGUGUUGGAGCAAUUGGCAGGGAGUUAUGUGUCUCUUUCCAUGAACAAAUAUGGGAGUAACGUGGUGGAGAGGUGUAUAAAACUGUCAGGAGAAGAUCAGGUUGCACAAAUUAUCAGUGAGAUGAUUGCGGAUCCAAAUUUCUUGGGUGUGCUUCAGGAUCCUUUCGGAAACUAUGUGGCUCAAUCCGCACUAGAGAAAUCGAAGGGGAGCCUUCGACAUUCGAUGAUGAAUCUCAUUCAAAUGCAUUACCUUUACUUACAGAGCCAUCCCUACGGGAAGAGGGUGCUCGCAAUGACCAAAUCAAGAGCCGCCAACCACCGUCGCUGAUCAUGUUAAUUUAAUUAAGGUAGACAAUAGGGGUUAGAACGAGCAGUAAUUUCGCUCCGUUUCUUACUUGGACAACUGCUAGCUAGCUAGUUAUGUGUGUUGUUGUUAGGACUAUUGGAAGUCAUGUUUUGUUAUGUGUGUGUUGUUGUUAGGUCCCGGCAGUUGAGAUGUGUGUGCAGUUGUGAGUAGGUUUUGAUCUACUUCUACUAGAACUGCAGCAAUAAUUUUGUGGGUGAGUCUGCUUUAGUGUUGUCGUUAGGACUAUUGGAAAUUAUGUUUUGUUGUGUUAACAUCACUUGUCGUAUAUUAAUAAAGGUUGCUUGCAGCUGCUACUCGUUUU